AUGAUCUUCGGCCCCGAGGUCGUCUGUGGUCACGGCUGCGGUGACGACCUCAGCGAGAUGCCACGAACUAUGAACCUCGUAAGCAACCGCAGGGCUCGCUAUCUCGCCGAGCACCUAGGCUUUCAAUGUCCCUUGGGCGCCCAAGCAGGCGAAGGAAACUGUUUCCGCGAUCGCCCCCCGCCCUCUGACCCGGCAUAUGCUCGGCUCCAAGGCGGGCCGGCCCAUCAUCAUCAUCCUACGAUAUCGACGCACAACGUGCGUGGUAGAAGAGGCGAGACCGUCGUGGCGUUUGGCUUCAUCCAAGACGUGGCCGAAGAGUCUGACGGGGAGGAGCCCGGCCCGUGGCAACCGCACAUCUUCUACGAGCGCCGCGAUGUAUCGCACUGGUUUGAAGACGUGACGAGCCCGCAGCCUGACCGCAUGCAAACACCACCGCGCAGCACUGCCCGGAGCACGUUUCACCAAAGAGUCCGCCAACGCGGUCACCAGCAGCGGCACCAGACCGCCCCGAGCUCGACGGCGACUUCCGGCGCCGAGAGCGGAGCCAACAGCAGCAGCAGAAGGCGUCCCCGUUUCGCCCGAGGCGUGGACGAGUCCGUGGAGGAGUUCGAGUCUCUGGAAGAUUUCGGGUCUGCGGGACACUUCGAGUACGCAGACCAUUUGGAGUAUGCGGAAGAUUUCGAUUCUUCGGAAGAUUUCGACUCCAUAGACGAGCUCGAAUCCGUGGAAGAUGUCGAGAUCGCCGACGCCCCUCCGCCCGCGUCACGGCGAGCGAUCAGCGGCUUGGAGCGCAGGACUGUGGACAGGGCCUUCCGCGGGCGGGAGGGCGAGGGCGACAUGAACUGCUCCAUUUGCACAGACGAGGUGAGGCUGCGCGAAACGGUCACGGUCCUCCCGUGGACCAAGCUCUGCUCUGACGGCAGGACGAUUUGCCCGGGUGCCAAGUCCCAGUGCACCGUCGACGUCAGCGUCUACGUCGACCAGAGCGGCGGCGCCGUCAGCAGGCCCGUCUGCUGCGCUCCUGGCCAGAAGGCCCUCAAUGGCGCCUGCUUCGACGGCAGAGCCACGCUCGUGCCGUGCUACCAGAACGGUCGUGUGCCGUACGAUUGGACCGAGGGCUACUACUGCGCGUGGAGCGCAGGCAACGACGACUCCAGGUGCUGCAAGCUGGACGAGUACUACAAGGGCAAUGCGCGUGUCAAGAAGCCACGAGCCGGAUGCUGUGGGAGCCAUGUCGGGGAACCAUGA